AAUUACAAUGCAAAAAAUUAAUAACAUUAGGUUUUCUUUUUUAAAUUUUACUAUUAAGAAAUAGAUUGAAAUCUAUAUCUUCAAUUACGUUAUUAUUUUCAGCGCUAAUAGCAAUAAAUAUUGUCAAGAUCUAGAAUUUAAACAAAUAAUUACAAGUAAUUAUACAAUAGUCGUGACAUUGCGAGCACGAAGCUCAGGCCCGGAAACAAAUGCUAUGAUUAAAAUAUGCCCAUAGGUAUAAUAGUGUGACGAGUGUGUCUCUUCACUUAUCUGUUCUAGGCACAAGUAUUAAUAAAUUACGUGUUCCAAAGAAACGGCACAGUCUCGUGCGAACUCUUGCGCAACAGGCCGCGGGACGGCCAGCCUCUAUACCGAAAUUAGGAGACGUUUAAGAUGGACCAACCUAAAAUACUUCGGAUAGCGGCGAGUAUACUAGUAUAUUUCUUGCUGCAAGCGCAUGGAGCCGACAAAUAUACGGACGAGAACAGACCGUACGAGUUCGGAUUCAAAAUCGAUGGUCAGCAGCACCGACAUGAAUCGAAAGACGCAGACGGAAUUAUAAUGGGCGAGUUCGGUUUCGUAACCGCUGAUGACGUAUACCACGUCACAGUAUAUGCGACGGACAAAGAGGGACGAUUUAAGAUUCUGUCAAUGAAGAACAUUCAUCUAAAAUCAACUCCUGUUCCAAGCUCGCCGCUUACGUCUGCAAGGCAGGGGCAUUCUCUGGCGCUGCCUCCAGCCCAAGCCGCUCCAGUUCCACAAGCGCCCGCGGCGCCACAGCCAACCGCUGCGCCAGGAAAACCUCUCUCCGUUUCCAUUGAACCACCAGGAAGGUCUUGCUCAUCCUGCAGCUUACCAACAACAACCACACGAGCUCCACCACCAGCAGCACUCGCAGCACCAGCACCACCAGCUUACAACCAGGCAGCUUACAGUAACAGUCCAAAUGUACCUAGCGGUUCUAAAAACAAUGGCGGUCUUGGUGGACCAUCAUACAAUCAAGGAGGACAGCCAAAUUAUCAACAACCUAUUUCAGGUGCUCCUCAAAACUAUCCUCAACAAGGACUGAGUGCACCCGCAGAUAUCCCAACCUACGUCCAACCAGCUGGUCAACCUAUCCAAACAGCUGGUCAACCGGUCCAAAAUUUCCCAAGUUCACCUAAUAAUGGUAAUCGACCCAAUAACUAUAAUCAACCAGGAGCGCCUGCGGUGGGUCAAUCUGAAGUGCCGCAAACUUACACUGGAGAGCAAAAUAGUUUGAAUAAUGGAGACGCCGCGUCUUACGCAGGACUCAACGGCCAAUCCCCAAAACAGAGUACCAACUCGCAAGGAGGCAGAACAUCCAAACAAUAUAAUCCUCCUGAACAGCAAUUUGAUUCAUAUCCCCAAGGCCCAGGGUCCCCACCAAGUCAACAACCCGGCCCCGUUAAACCAACGCUAGUUUCCGCGCAAAUGCAAAUCGUUGACAAAAAUACAGACAUUCAUGCUCUCGGACCUGGUGAAAGAGAAGGAUUACCCCCAGGACUAAGCAAGAAUGAUAUGACAACACUUCUUUACACCUUUAAUUACACUGUUGGUUUCCAUGGCCACUUUGAAGAGGGGUACACUAACGGCGUGAAGAAGGGAUACUAUUACGUGACGGGAAGAAAUGGUGUCAGAACGAGGAUCGAUUACAUCGCCGAUGACUCAGGAUUCCACCCCAAAGUAUCACAAGAGGUGCUCGAUUUACUGUCAGAAGAUGUCCCUAAGCCUGAAACCGAGAGAGAUGAAAAGUACGGUCUUAAAGGCUACGAAUUCAAAUGGCUGUAUUACCCCACUGAUACCAAGAAGUGAAAAAUAAGCAACUCUAUUAAGGCAAGAAUCGCAAGCUCUAGUGGACCUGAUCUUAAGGAUACUCCUUAGGAACUAAGAAAAUUAUAGCUUUACCUUCUGUAACUAUUAAUUUUAGUUUAGUUUUUGUAAAUUAGAAUAAGACGUAUAAAGUAUUAAAGAUUUACCUGAAUUAUGUGCAAAUAACACACUGCCAUGUAACUGCCAUAACAUUUAAUAAAUGUGAUCAUAAACUAAUGAUUUUAAUAAUUAACACUGUUAAUAUCAUUCUAGUAUAGCAUGAUGACAUUUAGAAUUAGUAGAUUUAAAUGUAAAAUAUAAAUAUAAAUACAAUAAAAUAUAUUUCGAAGAGUA